AUGGUGCGUUCGCGUUUGUGCCAUCUCGAGGGAUUGACACCUGACGAGCUCGUAUCCAACCACGAGGAGGCGAUGGAGAUGGGAGGCUACUUUGUCGUCAACGGUAAUGAGAAGCUCAUCCGUAUGCUCGUUGCCAACAAGGGCAACCAUCCCGUCGCACUCCAACGUAAGGGUUGGACUAGCAGAGGUCCCGGGUACACCAAGUAUGGUAUCACUAUCCGUUCGGUCCUCCCCGAUCGUACAUCGAUGACCAACGCACUCCACUACUUGGCCGACGGUCAAGUCACCUACCGUUUCCUCUACAAGCGUCACGAAUACUUCCUUCCAGUCGCCAUGCUCCUCCGCAUCCUCGGUGACACCACCGACAAGGAAAUCUACCAACACGUUGUCCAAGGUGACACUGAAAACACCUUCCUUACAGAUCGUAUCGAACUCAUGCUCCGUGAGCAACGUAUCGACCACGUCAACACCCAAGCCGAAGCUCUCGAUUAUCUCGGCAGUCGUUUCCGUCACAAAGCUUUCCUUCCAGAUAAUUUUACUAAUCGCCAAAUCGCAGAAUAUAUGAUCAAUAAUUAUAUCCUUGUUCAUUUACCAAAUUGGAGAGAUAAAUUUAAUUUAAUUUGUUUAAUGGUACAAAAAUUAUAUUCAUCAGUACAAGGAAAAUCAGAUUGUGAUAAUAUUGAUGCUACAUCAUUCCAUGAAGUAUUAUUGGGAGGACAUUUAUUCUGUUCAAUGUUAAAGGAAAGAUUACAAGAAUAUUUAGAGACUGUUAGAUUCCAUUUCCUACACGGUGUAGAAAUUGAGAAAAAGAAUGGCAAAAAUCCAAAUCAUGAAGCAAUUUUAAAGAAAUCUUUUGAUCGUGCUGGUGCUAUCGGUCCAAAGUUUGAAUCUUUUUUGGCUACUGGUAAUCUUGCUUCAAAUUCUGGUUUAGAUGUUCAACAAACAUCAGGAUUUACAAUUAUUGCAGAAAAAUUAAAUUUCCUUAGAUAUAUUUCACAUUUUAGAUCGAUACAUAGAGGUGCCUUUUUUGCAACAAUGAAAACUUCAUCUAUUCGUAAAUUGAUGCCAGAAUCAUUUGGUUUCCUUUGUCCAGUACAUACACCAGAUGGUGCUCCAUGUGGUCUUUUAAAUCAUUUGUCUUCAAAUUGUUUAAUUACAAAAGAUCCAUUACAAGAAAGAAAAGUACUUGAAUCAAAUUUAACAUUGACCAAAUUUUUAUUAAGUAAUGGAGUAACAUCAAUAGAGACAACAUCAACAUUUAGACCGGGAUCGUUGCCAGUUACAUUUAAUGGACGUUUGAUUGGUAUGGCCGACGAAGAUACAUGUGAUGAAUUGGUCAAUACAUUACGUUAUCUUAGAUCGGUUGGACAUGAAAAUGUACCAAGUACGCUAGAGAUUGCCUAUGCACCAAAGAAUAGACCAGGUAUUGUUGGUGGACAAUUCCCAGGUAUCUCGUUGUUUUCGACUGGUGCACGUUUUAUGCGUCCCGUCAUCAAUGUCAAGUCUGGCAAACAAGAGUUGAUUGGACCACAAGAACAACUCUACAUGAAUAUUGCCAUCUACCCCGAAGAGGUUAAAAAGGGUAUUACUACACACGUUGAGCUCAGUCCAACUGCCAUGCUCUCUGUCGUUGCCAAUUUGACCCCCUUCUCAGAUUAUAAUCAAUCGCCACGUAACAUGUAUCAAUGUCAAAUGGCCAAGCAGACUAUGGGUACCCCCAUGCACUCUUAUGCCUACCGUGCCGAUAACAAGUUGUUCAAGAUUCAAAACCCACAAAAGCCUAUCGUACGUACCAUCAAUCAAAGCAAAUACCAUGUCAACGACUACCCCCACGGUUGUAACGCUGUCAUUGCCGUCAUUUCAAACACUGGUUACGAUAUGGAAGACGCUAUGAUUAUCAACAAGUCUUCGUAUGAACGUGGUUUUGGUCAUGGAUCGGUCUACAAGACUGUCUUUUACGAUUUGGACGAAGGUAAACUCAGAGCUCAAACUGGUCGUACCUCUGUCUCUCGUCCAGACUAUCAAACCGAUGGUCUCGAUCAAUACCUCGAUGUUGACGGUCUCCCACAUGUAGGUCGUUAUGUCACUGGUCACGAACCACUCUACACCUUUGUCAAUGAACUCGAUGGCAAACAAGUCGUUGAAAUGAUAAAGUCCAAGGAAGAGGCUUGGAUUGAAGAGGUCAAGAUUAUUGGUAACCUCACCUCUAUGAAUGCCCCACGUACUGUCACCAAGUUUACCGUCAAGUAUCGUUUCGAUCGUAACCCAGUCAUUGGAGACAAGUUUGCCUCUCGUCACGGUCAAAAGGGUGUUUUGUCGCAGUUGUGGCCAGAAAUCAAUAUGCCAUUCUCUGAAAGUGGUCUCAAGCCAGAUGUCAUUAUUAAUCCAAACGCUUUCCCAUCUCGUAUGACUAUUGGUAUGCUUAUAGAAAUCAUGGCCGCCAAGGCUGGUGCCGUCAAUGGCAUCUUCCAACAAGGUACAGCCUUUAGCUUUGACGAAAAAAACACUGCCGUCAAAUUCUUUGGUGAACAAUUGGCCAAGGCCGGUUACAAUUAUUACGGCAAUGAGCCAAUGUACAGCGGUACCACUGGCGAGGAAUUCCACGCCGAUAUUUUCUUUGGUGUCUGUUACUACCAACGUCUUCGUCACAUGGUCAAGGAUAAAUACCAAGUACGUGCCACCGGUAAGGUCAACGCCCUCACUAGACAACCCGUCAAGGGUCGUAAGAUUGGUGGUGGUAUUCGUUUUGGUGAAAUGGAACGUGAUUCAAUGCUGGCUCAUGGUACCUCUUUCUGUCUCAACGAUCGUCUCAUGAAAUCUUCAGAUCUCCACAUUAUGAUGGUCUGCAGACACUGUGGUAGCACCCUCACCGUCGCCACCAAACCAUCCGGUCAAACCGACUCUAGAAAUCAUACCACUUGUAUCGAUUGCAAGGUUGAUGAUGCUGUCCCCGUGGCUGUCCCCUAUGUCUUUAAUUAUUUGAUUACUGAAUUGGCUGCUGUAAACAUUGCUCUUAAACUUCAAAUUAAAUAA